CUCUUUCUAUCUCUCAUUCUUCAACCAUGUUCCAUUCCACUAUGGAGUUGUUCACUCUAGCUGCUUCCAAUUCUCUCCUUGUCUUCGGUCUCUGCAAUUUGAUCAUUGUCAUUCUCCUCUUAAGUGAUUCAAAACCCAAUUCACCAAGUACUCAAGAAAGUUACUUUUGUACCCAUGAAGUACCAAAGAGAAUUGAGAAAGAGGAGAAAGGGGGACAUGAAGCAGUAUACUCAGAAAACAUUGAAGAAGCAUCGUUGUCUGCAAAUGUUCCUCAAGUGGAAAAUGCUGAGAAAUCACCCGUUGAUCAAAUAAUCGGCAAUGUUGAUGGCGAGGAAAGAGACAAUGAAGAUGAAUACGAAGAAGAUGAUUAUGAUGACGACGAUGAGCUAAGGAGGAGAGUGGAGGAAUUCAUAGACAAAAUAAACAGAGGAUGGAAGGCAGAGAAGUCAACAAUCUUGCAUCUCAGUAAAAGUCCCAUAUUUUGAUUGUCACUGGUUUCAUCAUCUCUUGGUGUAUAAAAAAAUGUGAUGAGAUUGACCCAAUAUUGAAUUAUU